AUGUCGAAAGAGCGUGGUGAGAACAGUGGCUUGGUUGACCACUACUUCUCUGAAAUAGUCACUGACGCCUGCGAGGACCCGGAGACGUUUCUGGAGAACCUCUUCCGCAGCUUUGCCGCGCUGCAUCUCCGCGCUGUGCCUAUUGAGGUUUCGGCUAUUCGCCUCUUUAUUCCCGGCACAAACUUCUUCAAGACGAAGACAGAUGACAUGUUUGUGCCAACCCUUAUCCUGCUUGUAGACGCCGUGCCCCAGUUGGAGGAUGACAACCACAACACAAUGGUGCAGUACUUUCCAUACGACAAGAGCCGCACGAACGUGCUUGCGCAGCAGUGCCGAAAACUGCUUGUCUCCGAAGAUGAGAGGGGGGCGAUGGAGGUACACCUGUCAGAGGAGACUGGGGACUGCGGUUGGUUUGCGCUGCGUGCGUUGUACCCAAUUGAGGAGGGCGAUCAUUUGUACCUGCGUGGGGUGCCAAAGUUGGGCGACACGGCAAAAGAGUUGAUGACGGUGAGAGUCAUGGAGGCCAACCGACUCAUGAAUGGCGACUGA